AUGGUUGUGAAGCAUGACCCAGCUCGUGAUAUAGAAAAGUUAUUGAGAAUUUUUGGUUUUCUUGGAAGGACGCAAAUAUGUCCCUGCAAACUGUAUGGCUGUUCAUGUUCACAAGUCUUAUUUUCUACACCUCCGAAAGUUCUCUGUUUUAUAAUAACUGACCAGAACACUGAUAUUACUUUUCAACAGUUUGCGAAGGAAGUAACCACGAAAUUAAUUCAGCUUCAAACAGAGGUUGAUUCCCUGAAAGCAAAAGCUGCGAAGGAUGUCGUCGUGGUUUUUCACGCUGAAAUCAGCGGGGCGACCACUAUCCCCACUCACAGCAACGUCCGGUUUAACAAAGUCGACGUCAACAUUGGCAGCGGUUACAACAGCGGAUCUGGCAUGUUUCGAGCCCCGGUCAGCGGGGUAUAUCUGUUCUUUCUCCAGGUGUACUCGGUCCCAGGAAAAUCCCUUGUUCUUAGUCUGUUAAAACAAGGUACGGUUGUUAAUGAAGCCGUUGCGGGAGUAGAUGGCUAUCAGUCCAAUACCGUGGCAGAGAUGAUUAAUUUAAACAAGGGAGAAGAGGUCUGGGCACAACAUUUUGUCGGAGACACGAGUCUUGACAAAAGUAUUCAUGUACACUUUUCGGGAUUUUUGCUAAAGGCCGAUUAAACUGGUGUGUACAUGC